AUGGGGCCUCACGCGCCUCCUCGACUGGCUGUGUCCUCGCCCGAGAACCAUCGGCAUGGAUCCGCGGCGCCGCUUUUGCCUUCGUAUUCUCCAGCGCUCCUUUCUUCUGUGUGUCCUGGGACGAGCGAACAGAAAAAGCACGUGAACGGCUACUUAUCGGUUCUCGGCGGAGUCCUCGUCCACGUCUGCUUGGGCACCGUGUACACCUGGGGGACACUGGCGGUGUAUGUGAUCAGCUACAUGCGACUUCUGCAGAUCCAGCGCCUACAAGCGGGUCAGGCUGCGCAGAUCGGCUCAGACUCGGCUGAGGAAGACGCGCCUUCGCUCGCGGCGUUUUCCUUCGCGUCGGCACCCUCUCUCGUUCGCCUCAGCGACUCUGCGUGGGUUCUCGCUAGCCAGUUCGCCGGUAUGACGCUCGGGAUGCCUCUUGGCGGAAAGGCGCAGAGGAUUCUCGGCCCGUGUCGUACGGUCAUCUUUGGCGGCGCCCUAAUGAGUCUCGCCGUCGGCCUCGCUCCGGUGUUGCUCCACUCUUACGCACUCUUUGUCACGGUCUUUGGCGUGCUGCAAGGCAUCGGCCUCGGCCUCGCAUACACCGCGCCGCUCCUCUGUGGUCUCGCCUGGUUUCCGGACCAAAAAGCAGGCUUUGGUACCGGCGCGCUUUUGUUUUCGCCUCUUCAGGCGGCGUUCUUGAACCCGCUAAACAUUCCGCCCUCGCAGGCGCCGUAUGCGUCUCAUCCCGCAGAGCUCUACUACGAUGUGUCUGACGCGGAACAGCGCGAAAUCAUGCUUCGGGUUCCUCUGCUUUUCAAGAGGCUGGCCAUCUGCUAUUUGCUCCUUCUCUCUGCCGGCGCUGCGUUGCUGCGCUCUCCCGCUGCCGCGUCGCCAGGUGUACAUACCUCCGGCGCAGCGGCGGACGGCGCCUGCGUCGUCGGCUCGCGAAUGGAAGCGCGUGGCGACGAGGACGGCGCCUUGGUCCAGCGAGGACGCGGCGAGCCAGGCGACGACGGAGUCGGCGCGACUGUGUCCGUUAGAGAAGCGCUGUGUUCCGGUGCGUUCUGGAGUCUCUGGAUCCUCUUCUUCCUGAACGGCCUUGCCAUCUGCUUCACCGCCACGUUCUGGCGCCUGCUGGCUGUCGACCGCAGCUCGCGCUCGUACGUCCUCACCGAGGCGCGCCUGGCGCUCGUCGGCGCGGCAGCGAGCGCAUGCAAUGCUUUGGGAAGGCUCGCUUGGGGAUACGUGGCCGACAAACGCGGAUAUCAGACCUCUCUGAUGAGCCUCAGCGCGCUCUGGAGUGCCCUACUCUUCUUCCUGCCUAACGCCGCACCCAAAGGCGGCUUUCUUUACGCCUGCGCUGUUUCCGGAAGUUUCUUCUGUCUCGGAGGAAACUUCUCGGUUUUCCCCUCGGCAGUGGCCUCGAUCUUUGGCCGAGAUGCGAUAGGUCACCUGUACGGCUUCAUUUUCGGUUCCCAGCUGGCCUCUUCUCUCGGCUUUGCCUACCUCACUCAGCGUGUGGCACAAACGAUCGGCACCGAUGGCCUCGGCACGCUCAUGGGCCUGUGUACGGCGCUCACCGCCCUGUCCGUCUUCUGCCUUCCUGCGCUCUCCCCAACAACCAAAAAACGUGACUCCCUACAGAAGCAGUCAUGA